GGAAGUGACGUCAGUACACAAAGCGGAAACACACCGAGAACGGUUUGAAUGAGCGUGCAACGAUUUUGUAUCAACUUGAUACUGAAACUGUUUUGAUUGUUGAUGAAUCGGUGGGUGUUUUUUUGUACAUAAUGUCAGGAAUUCCUCCGGAUACAUGGCAGCCUCCCACUGUUACACUAGAAACAACGAUGGGGACAAUUGUGUUGGAGCUUUACUGGAAACAUGCACCCAAAACCUGCAAGAAUUUUGCAGAGCUGGCUCGAAGAGGCUACUAUAAUAAUACCAAGUUCCAUAGAAUAAUACAGAACUUUAUGGUGCAGGGCGGUGACCCCACAGGAACAGGUCGGGGUGGUGCAUCCAUAUAUGGCAAGCAGUUUGAAGAUGAACUGCACCAAGAGCUCAAAUUCACAGGUGCUGGUAUCUUAGCAAUGGCUAACGCGGGACCGGAUUCCAAUGGAAGUCAGUUUUUCCUCUCUCUCAAACCCACUCAGUGGUUAGAUGGAAAACAUACCAUCUUUGGAAGAGUGCAUCAGGGCAUGGGAGUGCUGAACCGGAUUGGGUUGGUGGAAACCAGCGGUCAAGAUCGGCCUGUCGACGAUGUGAGGAUCAUCUCCGCUUAUGCGGCCAACUAAACAAAAAAUGCCUUUUGCAAAAUAAAUACAUCUUUAGUAA